CUGUGAUGCAGAGAGGGAUACACGUCGCUUCACCACAGUCCGGAGAACACAAGGUAACGGCGCGUUGUCAAGAUACCACCGGUCUCAACGGAAAGCGGGUGUGCAGGCGGGAGUUUACCGCUGAGGCGUCGGAUGGAUGAUGAGGAGGAGGACAUGUCACGGCCCAUCUCGCAGCUCUGGGGAACGCCCUUCAGGGACGGCAAAUACGAAGACCGCGCCACACAGAUCGCAACUGGACAGGCGCUCGCUGCCGUCACCGCCGCCGUGCCCACGUCACAGAACCACAACAACAACAGCAUCAUCGGCAUCAACACGAUGCCUUGCAGCUUGCGCCGGCAGCCUCGCAUACCCUUUUAUGGCAACGCUGGAUUACGCUCGCAUUUCCCCGCUCAGUUUGAGCCCAUGGAGGACCGGGGAGAGAGCCAGAUUGAAGAGGAGGAGGAGGAGGGCGGAGGGGAGGAAGAUGACAGGAUGGCAGAGAGGCCCGAGGAGCAGGCAGGGGUGAGCGUGGAGGCGCAAAUCGGUCGCAAGCUUCGGGAGAUCGGAGACAAGUUCCAACAGGAUCACGUUGAACUGUUCAUGAGGCAUCAGAGACAAAACCUGCCGGCCUGGAUGCGCCUUACGAUGGCCCUGUUUGGCUUUCUGUUCCCCAGAGAUGCUCUCUUCCCCCGCCUGAGAGGAGAGCAGAGAUGAAGGGGCUUCCUGUUGGGCCCCCUCGUCUCCCACCCUUGUUCUCACCCCCACAGGGACAAGGGGACCAGACUUUUAAGAGAUGGCACUGUAAGAUGGAACACGGGUUUCGGAUUUUGUUUUCUAAUUGAACACGAAGAUGAGAUGAAGAAAACACUGGUCACCGCUGGACGGCGACUGAUUACAAUUUUUUUCUCUUUUUUUUUUUCUUCUUUUUUUUUUGUCCUUUUUUUCGCCUCUCCAAGAAGAAGCCAUUGCAUUUGAAGAGAUAUUUUCGAAAUAUUUGUAAGAUUACCUAUUUUGUACAGUAAACUGCUCUUUUUCAUUUGGUAUUUCAAGUCUUGAAGGACCUCCAUCAGUCCGGGGAAUGCCUUAUUCUCUCCUGCCACAGAACUUUUGCAUCAAUGAAAUCAUAAAAUAAAGAGAUUCAUUUUUAA